CUUCUCAUUGCUUUUUUUUUAUAUCUUUAUUAUAUAUAUAUUCUGUUCACAAAAACAGAGAGCUUCCAGUUCCCAGUAUUUUCAUUGAUAAUUCUUUACUUUUCAAACCAUUGGGCUACAAAAUCCUAAACCUAGAUAAACGUGUAUGCUUUUAAUUCGACAUAUUUACCUAACUUUACAUCUAAAUCCAACCCCACAACAAAAAAAGAUCAUUAUCUGUUUCCUCAGCUGUUAGUCUCUUCUUUUUUUUUCUUCAUAUGCUUUAUUCUGUAAAAGACAAAAACAGAGUAAAUGGAGAAGCUAUUCACAGUGGCCUAUCUUUCAGAACUGUUUGUGGGUGCACAGGAUGACAUUGCAGAGCAGAUUGAGUUGAUUUGGGGUCAUAUCAAGGUGUUGUUAGUGGUUCCAUUUCUGAGAAUUUUUAUGUAUAUCAAUCUGGUGAUGUCGAUCAUGUUGUUCACAGAAAUGGUUUACAUGGCUGUUGUGGUUGCGUUUAACACAUUGUUUGGUAAAAAACCAGAACAACGUUACAAAUUUGAACCAUUCGAAGAUGAUGCUGAGCUGGGUAGCUCUGUUUAUCCUCUGGUUCUUGUUCAAGUUCCAAUGUACAAUGAGAAAGAGGUUUAUAAGCUUUCUAUUGGAGCUGCAUGUGGGCUUUCAUGGCCUUCUGACCGUAUAGUGAUUCAAGUGCUUGAUGAUUCAACAGAUCCAUUGAUCAAGGGUAUGGUGGAAAUGGAGUGUGAGAGUUGGGCCAGCAAAGGAAUAAACAUACACUAUCAAGUUAGGGACAACCGAAAGGGAUACAAAGCCGGGGCCCUUAAAGAAGGGCUAAAGCAUGACUACGCCAAACAGUGUGAGUAUGUGGUAAUCUUUGACGCUGAUUUUCAACCGGAACCUGAUUUUCUUACUCAAACUGUCCCGUAUCUUCAUCAUAACUCUGAACUUGGUCUCGUUCAAGGUCGUUGGAAAUUCGUGAAUUCAAAUGAUUGCCUAAUGACAAGACUGCAAGAGAUGUCACUUAACUACCAUUUCAAAGUGGAGCAAGAAUAUGGUUCCAUUACUUUCGCAUUCUUUGGAUUCAAUGGGACUGCUGGAGUUUGGCGGAUGGCUGCACUUGACGAGGCUGGGGGAUGGAAGGACCGCACCACAGUAGAAGAUAUGGAUUUAGCGGUCCGAGCAAGUCUUAAAGGAUGGAAAUUCUUAUACCUUGGUUCACUAAAGGUAAAAAAUGAACUGCCAAGUGUAUUUACAGCCUAUCGUUACCAGCAACAUCGUUGGUCUUGUGGUCCAGCUAACCUCUUUAGAAAAAUGUUUUGCGAGAUAAUGAGAAAUCAGAAAGUGACAUGGUGGAAGAAGCUAUAUGUUUUGUACAGUUUCUUCUUUGUAAGAAAGAUCGUAUCUCAUAUUGUCACAUUCACACUCUAUUGUGUUGUGUUUCCUGCAACUAUAUUAAUACCAGAAGUCAUGAUUCCAAGGUGGUUUACAGUAUAUAUAGGAACCAUGAUCACGCUUCUAUGUGCAGUUGGAACUCCCAGGUCUUUCUAUUUGGUGGUGUUUUGGGUUCUCUUUGAGAAUGUCAUGUCCCUCCAUCGAGCUAAGGCCACAUUCAUCGGACUUUUUGAGACUCAAAGAGUAAAUGAAUGGGUUGUCACAGAGAAGCAUGGAGAUGCUUCUAAGGUUAAGGCAACACCACAACAAAGUCUAUCUUGGUUUAGAAUAGGUGAAAGUGUGUACCUAGGACAGAAUUCAUAUGCUAGAGCUUUGUGUGGGGAUUGUCCUCUUUGGAUGCGCUUGCUACGAUCUUGCAUACGGGAAGUAUCACUACUAUAUAUACCUUUAUCUUCAAGCUAUAGCCUUCAUCAUAAUGGGUUGCGGUUAUAUUGGCACUGAGGUCUCAAGCUCUUAGCAGGCAAUGUUCUUUGAUUCCUUCGUUACUUUUCAAUUGCACGAUUGAAUCAUUAGCUACACCAUACAAACAUUGCUAGAGAACAUCCAACUUUCUUUUGUGUGUUUCCAAGAAAAACGAAAAUGGAAAUGACACAAUAUUCAACCCAAAGAAGAAAUGAACAUGAUGAUAUAGAAAGAAGAAUUUAUUGGGUGUAGGCGCAUAUAUACAAUGCCAUACACGUAAGAUUACAUUAUUUAAAAUAUUAUCAUAUUCAUGUAUGCUUUCUUUGUAAUUUUUGAUUUGAAUAGGAUCCUUCAUUGUAAUUCUUUGGUUCGAGUAAUAAAAGAGAUAAUCUCGUGUUACUCA